CGCGGCGUGUUCAAUCAAUCCCACCGCAAUCAUUCAUCGCCAUCAUGAUUCGAGGGUCAUUCUGAUCAAUAAUGAUGGUGCAGCUAGUAUCGUGUCAAUUAUCUUUCCACGAGCCGCCAUGAACACGCUUCUUCGAACUGGCCUGAGAAAUGCCAUUCCUUGUAUACACUCCACUCCAAAUAUCGCACGAUUUCCGAGACCUAUCCUGCCAUCCUCUCGAUGCCUUACCACCAAGCUACGCAUGAAGAAGGGCCCAAAUGCAAGCCUACGAUCGCAAAAGGAGCAGCCUUCGAGUGCAACAAGCCCUUCUCAAUCACAAGAAGAAGACCAGUCGCGGCGACACAACAAACAUGAUCGCGGAUCAGAGCCCAAGUAUUGGCGCUCAUCCUACAAAAUUGCCUUCAUCUUUGCCAUUGAGGUUUUCCUCAUAACCCACUUCGUUACUGCCAACUUCUACGCUAUAACCUUCCCUUACGGCGCUUCCAUGCUGCCCACAAUGUACGUCUCCGGCGAGUGUGUUGUCAUCUCGAAACAUUACGCACUUGGUCGAGACAUACGCGUCGGCGACGUAGUGUGUGCUCUCCAUCCGAUGUUUCCGGACGGAAACGCGGUGAUAAAGCGAGUUCUGGGAAUGCCCGGGGACAUUGUCUGUGACGGGGUGUUUGAGAAUGGGGAACCAAGGAUGAUAAAGGUUCCAAGGGGGCACUGCUGGCUAGCGGGCGACAACGCCGGAUUCUCCAGGGACUCUCGAAUCUUUGGAGCAGUACCGUUGGGGCUUGUGACAGGAAAGGUAGUUUGGAGACUCUUCCCCUGGGAGAGAUUUGGAAGAAUUGAGAAUACCAUCGAGCCAGUCGACGAGUGGGAGGCCGCUCCCGUGUAGAGCUAUUUUUUUGCUGUAUGUGUAGAAUGCAUGUAUACAAAAACUAUCAUACAGACAGAAUAAGAUAACAAGCAAUGCAUCAUUACCAGACCGCCGCGCUGGCUUUGUCUGGCUGCGACAGAUGCUCUGCAUCGUCUGCUUCGGCCUUGAUACCUCCUCUGGGCCCUUCAAAAUAAAAAGACAUUGUAU